AUGUUAAAACUAACCAGAAGGAAGUUGCAUAGUUGUCCAACUUUGCUUAAAGUCCUUCCAAGUUACGAUGCAGUCAAAUCUAGGUUUACCUUUUCGAAAGAAUCAUCCAGCAUUCAAAAUAUUUUGAAACGGCCAAACGAACGUCAUGUUGUAGUAAACGGUUGGAUCGACGGAAAGCCUAAGAAAGUGAAUAAGAGUCUCAUUUUUGGGAAGUUACGUGAUUCCGAUGGGCAAACUAUCCAAUUAGUUGACUCCUUAUCUCUUUUAAAGCAAUCCCAAGUUGAAGAUGUUGUCCAAGUGCAGGGAAAACUGGUUCAAAAGAAGUUACAGAACCCACAUGAAGAUGCGCAAUACGAGAUUAAAUUAACAAGUAUAAACACAUUAAAUGCCUCUGGUAAAGAACCUUCUCAGCUUCAAGAUUUCAAAGUUACUGGUAACUAUCCUCCAGAGUAUAGAUACUUGCAAUUAAGAUUACCCAUAUUUCAGGAACGGUUAAAGACCAGAUAUGAAGCCUCAAAAGUAAUUAGAAACACUUUGGAUAGCUUCAAAUUCACAGAAAUAGAGACUCCUCUGUUGUUUAAAUCCACUCCAGAAGGUGCUCGUGAAUUUUUAGUCCCCACAAGAUAUCAGAACGAUGGUAAUCCUCUUGUGUAUGCUUUACCACAAUCUCCUCAACAAUAUAAGCAACUUUUAAUUGCAAGUGGCGUUAAAAACUAUUAUCAAAUUGCACGUUGUUUUCGAGAUGAGGAUCUCAGGAGUGACAGACAACCAGAAUUCACUCAAGUUGACCUGGAAAUGGCCUUUGCUAACUCUACAGACGUCAUGGCUGUAGUAGAGAAAACGGUUACUGACGUAUGGAAUACCCUAUGCAAAAAUGGUAAUUUGCAUACUUUAGAUAAAUCAGGUCAGAUUGUUCCUGUCAGCGAUGAAGUUCCCAUAAAGCAGCUCAGUUACGAACAGGUUAUGACCGUAUAUGGUAUUGAUAAACCAAACCUGAAGUUCGCAGAGUUGAAACUGAUAGCUUUAAAUGAAUUUAACGUACACGGCCACGCCAAUAGGGAUUUCCCCGUAUUUGAAGUUAUGGUGCUCCGCAAUGCAUUUAGUAGCUCUGAGGACUAUGAAGCAAACUGGGCGCAUCUUUCAAAUAGCAAGGAAUACAAUUAUAGAACCCCAAUUGUUGUGCCUAUACUAAAUGAAGGCACGGAAUCUACAUGGUUUGAACAAUUCCUUUCUAUUGCACAUUUUGAAAACCCGAAACUAGUCAAGAAUUUCCUCAGGUUGAAGGUUGGGGAUAUUAUAUGUGGCUGUACACGACAACCCAAACAUGCAAUAUUUGAAAAUCCAACUCCUUUGGGCAGGCUACGUCAGUUAGUGAUUCAAUCAAAGCGUGGAAAGGAGUUAUAUCAGACAACGAAUAAAGAUGUAGCUAGCUGGGUUGUUGACUUCCCUCUAUUCUCUCCAGUAGAAUCUCCAGUGGCAUAUUCUAAAUCUAAACAGCUUUAUCCACGGUAUGAAAAGGAUAAACUAACUUCUACACAUCAUCCAUUUACUAUGGUAAAGCUGGAGCAUUAUGAUGCAUUGAGUCAUAAUCCGCUGUCUUGUUUAGGCCAGCACUAUGACCUUGUUGUCAAUGGUGUCGAAUUGGGCGGUGGCUCUACCAGAAUUCACGACCCAGAAUUGCAGCGGUAUAUUUUUAAUCAAAUAUUAAAAAUUGAGUCUGAAGAAGUCAUCUUUGGUCAUUUGUUGCGUGCAUUUUCAAUGGGAACUCCACCACAUGCAGGAUUUGCCAUUGGAUUUGAUAGACUUGUAGCUAUGUUAUGUGGUAGUGAAACUAUAAGAGAUGUUAUUGCGUUUCCUAAAAGUAUCACUGGAUCUGAUCUAGUUGUAGGAAGCCCCAGUGCAGUAAAUGAUGAGACACUAAGGAAUUAUAACCUCUCUAGUCGAAGAAUUAAAAAUCGCGAGGAUUGA